UGCACACUGCAAAGACUGCAACAACAUCUGUUACAUGUAAAGCAAGCUGUAAAGCCUGUAACGCAGUGUUUUGAUGAAGCGCUACAAUCAAGCUACAAUAGAUGCGAAGUUUUGGACGCAAUAGUAUGCAUCCUUGGCUUUGCAUCUAGAGUAUCUCAUCCUCUCCUGGGUCUGUGUCUCCCAUCGUGUCGUGCUGUUGUGGCCCUCUGUCUGUAAAACACAAACACGCUCUCGUGCCAACAACUUGCAAAAUGCCCCGUUCCAAGAAAGACUACUACUGUGAUUGCGCUGAUCACGAAUACCUUCUCACUCAUGUCAGCAAAUCAACAUGGCUCUGUCACAGGUCGAGGAGGAAUAAUCCAAAGGCUGCAGCAGCUCGUGCAGCACGUUCUCUCAACGACCAGAUCUCUUCUGAUGAAGAAGAGGGUGAGACAGAGCAAGGAGAUGCUCGUGACUCUGACCCUGAGCCAUCCGGGGCCAACGAUGAAGGCCGCAUUAGUGCAAGUCGUGCAAAUAUUCCCCCAAGUGCUCUUCUUAGCUGCGCAGCCGACACGAGCCACUCUGCAGGUCCCUCCUCUCAAUCAAAUCUUGAUUUUGACACAGGAAACAAAGAGUUUCACUUACCACAACCAUCGAGUCCACACAGGCCGACUGUGGAAGAAAUCCCCAAUGAGGAUGAUAUUGUUAAUCGAGACGAACCUCCCACACUUCCGCACUUUGAUGUCCCACCUCCCCUUGAUGCAGAUGAGGAGACACUUGCAAAUGAUGUCUACGUGAAUGUCACCCUCGACAACUUGCGUAUUUCAUUAACCUUUAUUUUCGGACUCGCCAAUGCUUCCCUGGAUGACCCUGAAUCUGGACUUAAUGCUGCAGCUGUGGAACGCAUUCGAAAUCCUCCGCAACACCAACUUUCUCUCGAUGAAGACCCUGAUCUUAAGGCUGCUGUUAAGCUCUAUCUUAAACUGUCGCAUGCGGAGAAGGACUAUGAAGCAGCGCGCGAAGUUUCGAUGGAAUCCAAAGAUAUCGAAGACUUCCCAACGCUCUACCAAGCCAAGCAAGCUGUCGAACAGCUGAGUGGCGUCUCUGGUAUGAUGCAUGAUAUGUGCUUCAAUUUGUGCAUCGGUUUCACAGGUCAAUUUGCGCACCUCGAGUCUUGUCCGAUAUGUGGCUCUUCACGCUAUGACCAGCUCAUUCUUGCGCAAAGUAGUGGCAAGAAGAAAGUCGCAUGCAAGCAGUUUCCAACUGUUCCCAUCGGCCCACAACUCCAGGCUAUGUUUCGUGAUCCUCAGAGCGCCAUUGAUAUGCAGUACCGCGAAGCUCAAACUCGGAAAAUAUUCGAAGAGUUGGAGCGAAAUGAGGGCAAGGUCCAUGUGUAUGAGGAUUUCCUUGAUGGAUCCGACUACAUUAAUGCGGUGCAAGAGGCUCUACCAAUGCAAGGAAUCGGAUUGUUGGAAGGCCUCAAAAUAUGGGAUGCCUCUCGUAACAUCAAUUAUUUGUCGUUUCCGUUCCUUGCACUUGGUACAGCCGACGGACCUGGACUUGCUUACCUGAAUGGUUUUGUUGGACACCAUGGAAAAAACGGUUGUCGUUUAUACUGUGGGCUCAGAGGACGACACAAAAUGGGCUGCACACACUACUAUCCUGUGCUGCUGAAACCACACGAUUACAACGUCGCCGGCUGCAGUCAUCCUGACGUCAAUGUCAACGACAUUCGGGGUGCAUCUGCGGAGAUGUAUUGGAACAAUCUGAUCUAUGUCCUGCAAUCAUCCAAUGAGACAGAGUACAAACAACGCCGACUUGAGACCGGCAUCUCAAAACCCUCCAUAUUCCUCGGCUUUCCUGCUGAACGAACACUUGGAAUUCCGAAGUGUUUUGGUUCUGACAUAAUGCACCUUCUCUUGCUCAACCUCCCCAAUCUGCUCCUCAAACUCUGGCGUGGGACCAUAGAAUGUGAGCCACCAGACACAAAGGCAUCAUGGUACUGGGCGUCUUUGACGGGAAACACCUGGAAAGCCCUUGGAAAGGAUGUUGCAGAUACACGUCCCUACCUCCCUGGCUCGUUUGAUCGUGUCCCACGCAACAUCGCUGAGAAGAUUAAUAGCGGGUAUAAGGCAUGGGAAUUCUGGCUCUUCCUCUAUGGACUUGGACCAGCAGUGUUGUAUAAGCGUUUGCCAGAUGAUAUAUGGGAACAUUUUUGCAGGCUUGUUCAUGCUGUCCGUAUCAUCUCCCAGCACUCAAUCUCAUGCGACAAGCUCUGUCUAGCCAACAGAUUGUUCCUUGACUGGUCAAAAGAGUUCGAAAUGAUCUAUUAUCAGCGUCUCCCUACUCGCAUCCACUUUGUAUGGCAAAGUGUUCAUGCUAUUGAUCAUUACGGACAUGAAGUGGAAACAAAGGGCCCCCUUAUUUGCGCUUCUCAAUGGACGAUGGAGCAUACGAUUGGCAACCUCAUCGAAGAAAUUCAGCAACCUUCUAACCCAUAUGCAAACCUUGGUCAGCGUGCAAUCCGCCGCGCACAAAUCAAUGCUUUGAAAUCCAUCAUACCCUCGCUUGACACCAGCGACACGAAACACCUUCCCUGCUUUGCAAAAGAUCUCGGAAGUGGAUACGCAUUAUUGAAGUGCCAAGAUUGGACAAGCCGUGCAACAACUGUUCAUGAAGGGUGGGCUAUUCGAGACUACAUCAAACGUACCUGCUUCGAUUCGCCCAUCCUUCAACAGUUUUCAAAUGAUGGCACCAUUCGUGUUUGUCGGUGGGCUCGUCUACAGCUCCCAAAUGGACAAAUUGCCCGUUCUCUUUGGAAAGAAACACAUUUCAAUGCCAGACAGUCACGAAAUGUCAAGAUCAUGCUCGAUGGCAAACCCAGAGUUGGCGAAGUGCAAUAUUAUAUCGAGUGUCGUAUUGACCACACAAGGCCUGUCGAAGCUCUUGCAGUUAUCAAACUGUUCUCUCUCCCUCACCAGGAGCUCCUUCGACAGCCUCACACAACUUUCAUAUCCUGCCAAUACCUUGGCGAUGCUGGCACGAUCGUCGUGAAUGUCAAAUCAAUUCAUUCUGUUGUUGCCAUGGUCCCGCAUAAACUCAAUGAUGAGGACCGGUUCUAUAUGGUUGAAAAGCCCGGUGCAGAUGUGACUUACCUUGGUGGGUACUUAGAAGAGGACGAGCAAAUAGUAGACCAGCAAUAAUGAUAAUACAAGCAUCUGUACUUGCAAAGAAGUAUAUCACAUGGGCUCGCUGUGGGGUUGGUUGACUAAGCACCCCAGAUGGAAC